GCUAACGCUAAUGGCCCCGGAACGGUAAAGCAGCAGCACUCCGAAGAUGGCCGGGGUGUUUGAGGUGGAGGUUGAUGGUGUAGAGCACGACCAUGGACUGGAGCAUCACGAUGAACCGAUCCAGUUCGAUGUGUCCAAGCUCUCACCAGAGGAGAAGUGGAGGGUGGAGCAUGCAAAAAUGCACGCGAAACAUAAAGGCCAUGAAGCCAUGCACGCGGAGAUGGUGCUGAUCCUCAUAGUCACCCUGGUCGUUGCCCAGCUAGUCCUUGUGCAGUGGAAACAGAGACAUCCAAAGUCAUACAAUCUGGUGACUCUGUUCCAGAUGUGGGUAGUUCCUCUCUACUUUACUACCAAACUUCACUGGUGGAGGUUCCUGACGACAUGGUUUAUCUUCUCUGUCAUCACAGCAUUCGUCUCCUACCGUGCCACUCGCAAGCCGCUGGCCUGCACCACACCGAGGUUGGUGUAUAAGUGGUUCCUCCUCCUCUACAAGAUCAGCUACGCCACAGGAAUCGUUGGCUACAGUGUCGUCAUGUUUACACUUUUUGGUAUUAACUUGAUAUUCAGGAUAAAGCCAGAGGAUGCAAUGGACUUUGGUGUUUCUUUGCUAUUCUACGGUCUGUACUAUGGGGUCUUAGGAAGGGACUUUGCAGAGAUGUGUGCAGACUUCAUGGCUUCAACUGUUGGGUAUUACAGCGCAUCCGGCAUGCCAACUAAGCACCUCUCUGAUAAUAUCUGUGCUGUGUGCGGUCAGCCCAUCCUUGUGGAUGUCAGUGAGGAAGGUAUAAUUGAAAACACGUACCGAUUAUCCUGCAACCAUGUGUUCCAUGAGUUCUGCAUAAGAGGAUGGUGCAUCGUUGGAAAGAAGCAAAUGUGCCCGUACUGCAAAGAAAAGGUGGAUCUGAAGAGGAUGUUUAGCAACCCCUGGGAGAGGCCACAUGUCAUGUAUGGACAACUAUUAGACUGGCUUCGGUACUUGGUGGCCUGGCAGCCCGUUAUUAUUGGAUUUGUGCAAGGUAUCAACUAUGCGCUGGGUCUGGAGUGAUCAGGCUAAAUGGACAUAAUACCGUACGGAGAAGAUAAUGCACUGGCUCAAAGACUUGGGGCCUAACAUUGAACUAAAACGUCAAUAAAAAAAGAAAGUGUCUAUACUUUUUGUAUAUAUUUAUAGGCACAUACUGUAUUAUCUGUAUUCACAGUUUAUUUGAAUUUUAUUAGUAAUCAGAAUUUUGGUGUCUGUGUCAAUUUCCCAGGAUUUGUUUCACACAGCAUUACACCUUUUAAUAAUUGGUUUGUCCAUCUUACGGCCUAGUAAAGCGGUUCUCGAAAUCAUUAGAGGUGGCUUUUUUUUUUACUAAUUAUGUCUUAAAUGUUUGUUAAUACUUAGUUGAAAGAUCUUGCUGGAGUUUCUCUCCUAUAGUCUGAUGGCAAUCAGACCUGAUUAAUAAAUACUGAAUGGAAAUCAUCAUUAUUAAUUACUCCCGUGCCUCCUAAAUACAUGAACUCAGUAUCCAAAGAUCUCCUCUGGAAUCAUCCUGCCACUGUCAUGAAAUGUAAUCAUGUCAUAGUUGUUAGACCUGCUUUUAACAUUUCGAUAUAUUGAACUGAAGUGACAUGAUUGAGAGUUUCCCAUACGCUUGAAGUCAUGCUCCAUGUGAGUUGAAGCAUUGUCAUCAUGGAGGGGGGGGGGGAGGGGGUGUGUGUAUGUAUGUAUGUAAAUGGAGGAUUCCUCAUACUGUACUCAUAAGGAUGGAACUUUCAGUGUUGCUGGAUUUUAAAAUGUCUACGUGGGUAUUCAUCCGUAUUAGCCAAGUCAGUCAUGUUUGCUUUGACCUUCACCCCUUACACAAUGUCUCACUUCAUUAAAUCUGUAUAUGAGUUAGGAGGAUGUCACUGUCCACAAAACAUAGUCUUCUGUUUUCACUCACUCAACUGACUCUCUUCUUUUUAAACAUCAAUUCACCCAAAUUACAGAAAGAAAGAUUUUCUCACUUACCUCUAGUUGUAUCUAGCCUCGCAGAUAGUUCUCAUAUUUGAUGACAGUGUUGUGUGGGUUACUCAGGGUAAUGUGCACACAGUUUUUGUAAAAAUACAUUGCUGUUAAAAUAUAUGAAUCUAAUUUUUCAGUGCUGUGCGCCCUAAUAACAAACUUUAACUCAUCUCCACUGUACUGGAGUGGCAACAGAAAUCUUAAGAGAUGGAUAUCAUAAAGCCUGGCCAAAUAAAACUGAAACUCUGUAUGGUUAAAUACCACAAUAAGUAAAUGAGAAAACAUAUGUUUUUGCAGUUUGGGUCAACAAUUCUGAAAUUGGGAGUGACCAAGUGAUCACAAACCAAAACUUAAAAUGAAACCAGUGACUGUUAACACCCCUGAUAACACUGUUAUAACAUACUAGAAUGAAGAUUUAACUGUAUGAGAAUGUUGAUGGUCUUAAUUUUAUGUGAUCUAUUCAAUAUGAGGUUCCUUUAUAUGCAGAUUUGCUUGAAGGUGAUGGUUGACAUGCCUCAUAAUGCCAACUUCCUGAAAGGGAUGCAGUCUCUUUAUUGGGACCCUCACAUUGUUUAAGGGACUAGGCUACUGAGAACAUUUUGUUUUGUUGUCAAUGUUAUGAUAAAGAUCCAUUAAUAAACAUCAAAGUGGUUUA